GCCCACCAACGGGGAGGCGGCGGGGGCAGUGAGUGGCAGCCCGGGAGGCUGUGGGCGGCUUCCUCUUCCCCUCACUCCUCCUCUUCCCUGUGUCUCCUGCCUGCCCUCGGCUCCAAGCCCUGCUGCUCGGCUGCUCGCUCUCUCGGGCGGAGGCUUCUGCUCGCUGCGGGAACAGGAAAUCAAAGUGCCUCCAUAAUGGAAGUGGAUAUUAAUGGAGUUAAUAGGACUAACAAUUCAGUUCCGAGUACAACAGAAGGGAGUUCUCCGUCCAAGCCAGAUCCUGAGAAACCUCGCUGCUCUAGCACUCCUUGUUCUCCAAUUCGCAGGACUGUGUCAGGCUAUCAGAUCCUGCACAUGGAUGCCAAUUUCUUGGUUGGCUUUACUACUGGUGAGGAGCUUUUAAAAUUAGCUCAUAAAUGUGCAACCACUGAAGAAAAUCCUGGUGAAUCCUUGCCAGCUUUUCGCUCCAAGCAGUUAGAAUCUGGACUUUCUCGCUCCUCUCGGAUAUACAAAGCUAGAGGGCGGCAGUACCAGCCAUAUGAAAUCCCAGCAGUCAACGGAAGGAGGCGAAGGCGGAUGCCAAGCUCAGGGGAUAAGUGCAAUAAAGCUGUUCCGUACGAACCUUACAAAGCUGUUCAUGGUCCUUUGCCGCUUUGUCUACUUAAAGGGAAAAGAGCCCACUCAAAGUCUUUGGACUACCUCAAUCUAGAUAAAAUGAACAUCAAGGAGUCUGCUGACACAGAAGUGUUACAGUAUCAGCUUCAGCACCUUACUCUGAGAGGGGAUCGUGUGUUUGCCAGGAAUAAUACAUGAAGACACUUGAGUAAUUUAGCUAGAAUAAGUCCACGUCACUGCACAGAGAAUCACCGGCAAAAUGAUAUUGUGCUAUACUAUGUGUCUAAUAGGUCUCUCCUUGCAGUGAAGGCACACUAGGGUUAUAUUAUCUACAGUGCUGCUCAUCAAGAUAACUGGAAACCAAGUAGCUCUGGAAUAUGGAACGUGGUUUCUAUCCCUGGGUGGUUGUGAUUGGUUAAGAUUCAGCAGCUGAUCAAGCCAUUCCAACACUAACAUUCUUCUUGGAUUUCAGUAGCACCGUACCGCACCAAUAGCGAAUACAUGCUUCAAGCAGGAGAACGUUCAUCCUAUAAAGGCUUCUAUGAAUUUUACACUAGGAAUAAUGACGUGGGUAGUGCAGUGGAGUUUAGUAUUGAUUCAGAAUCUAUGUUGGUGAAUAAGUCAUAUUUUGGUACUGAAUAAUUCGACUUGUUUUUUGUUAACACUUUGGUCGUUAAAAGCUAAUUCUGGUAAUUUCAGAGUUAGGUGGACAAUGAUUUAGCGUAGCGCAGUUGUGUACAAUAUACCUAGCACCCUUUAUCUUGAUUGAACUUUGUUUGUUUCAUGUGUCCACAUUGUUCUCUCCUUUCUAAAUUCAUAGUUUUAUUUAAUGACACCAUGAUUUUUAAUAUUACAAAAUGACUGCAGUUUUAGACGUGUGGAUCUAAUCAACGUGAUAUAUAUGUACAUAAAUCAUAUUAGCAGUUGAGAAUAGAUUAAGACAACUUAUAACAUUCUGCAUUUGCAAGAAAGUGCCCUAUAUAAGAGGCUGACACUUGUUGUUGGCAGUAUGUGUUUUAGAGUAGCAUGUGGUGCAGUACAAUAAGCUCUUGCAGAUCAAUUCACUAUAGCAAAGCAUCCUACCAGGAGACCUCUAAGGCUUGAUGCAUACAGGCAGUUUUAGAAUAGUUUUUUGGCCACCAGUUGGAUUGUUUAAUUGCAUUGUUAUCAAGGCAUUAGGAAUCCAUACUAUUGGCCCAAAAGUACCAGAAGGGGGUGCAGCAUGCACCGGCGUCCAUCUAAAUGACACCCCCGUUUAUUUAUCUAGAGCCAUAUUAAUACUGCAUGCAAAGUGAUUCCUGUGACCACUUGGUUCCACUUUUACCUUGGAAACCAAAUUUAGAAAUUGCAUCUGACUGCUUUGAACCGUAAUUGCAUGCAGUGGGACCUCCAGUCCUUAUGCAUGGAAGCCUGCCCAUAUUCUUUAUUUCUAUGGCCCACAUGCAGCCCAGGAGAUCCUUUGACAUUCUGCAUUUCAUAAUUAUACCCAGAAGAAAUAUAUGAAUUUAAAUGGCUUACUUCAUAAUCAGGGAAAUGUGCACUGAGUGUAUGCCAAUCUCUGUAGGUGCAGCACUCUCCAAUCAGGCCCUUUUCUGUUCAGAUUAAAUUGAAGAUAUGUGCCACUCUCAUGACCUCACAUGUACAAGAUGGUUCAUUUAUGGCACAUGGACCUAGUGUGACCCAAACAGGUUGCCUGUUUAGAAAGGUAUAGUAUUGGGAUCCCACCUGGUGGCCAGGCUUUCUAACAUUCCCUGUCAAGACAAAACAACUGGCUGGAACGGUAAAUUUUUGAAGCUACAAAAUCCACUUAGUGCAUCACAGUUGCACUAAAGUUUCAGUCAGCAAAAUGGCUCCUUCGGAUUUGUAUAUUUGCUAAUAAAAGUCUGAUGUAUUUCUUCCCUCUGUUAUCCCAGCUGUCACUAUAUAGGAACUGGGUUUUUAACUCUAAAUUCCAGAUCAGCGUGCUUUUAGAUUGGUGUAACAUGUCCUAUUAGAAGCAUAGAAGCAAUUUUUUCCAGUACAAGAUGCCUGGCAGUGGGUUUUGUGAAUUGGUUCCAAGCAAAAGAGUCCCAGAGACAAACUGCCUAUAUACUUUCUAGACCAUGGGUCCCUUACCAACAUGGGCACUACUUUUAGUGAAGUUCUACCUCCUUAGCGUUACACUGCCAUGGAAACUGUAACUUCAUUGCAUUACACUGAAAACAUGCAUAGGUGCUCAUUUACUAAUAGGGUAAACAUUAAUAGCUGCCGUGUUUGUACCUAUAGCGCAACCUUCUUUCCUUAAUGCAAAGCUCAAUUGCAUGAUUCCCAAAGUGCAGCUUUCUCCUGCAAGCAAACAGGUGGCACGUGGGCAUGCAUUUACUCACCCUUCUAUUGCAAAACACACAAAAAAGACUUAGAACUUGGUCAAGCCUUGUGGUAGAUAUGGGGUCCAUUGCCCUGAUGCACAAAAGUAGACACAACCAGCAAAUGGGCACAUGGUAGAUGAGAGCUAAUAAGAGUGAGCACCUAGCAUAUUGUGUUUUACUGUGGCAAUUCUGCACCUAUUAUUGUGCCUAGCGCUGUGUUUAACGUGAAAGUAAAUGUCUAUAUGAUCAGCACCCAUUUCUCCACCUAUUGUCCUUAAAACUUGAAUAACAGGAGGUUCCCUAAAGGGUGACCCGAACUGUGUGUGCUGUGAUUUACUGAUUACCAGCUCGACAUCUACUGGAAGGUCCUGAUCACCCUUUUGGGCACCCCUGUUCCACACAUCACUUUCCACCCUGAUUGGAACAGUAAUAAUGCGUAGCUGCCCAGAUGUUGCUGAGCCACUGCUUCCUCUCGCCAGCUACCUUAUUAAUGACCUGAAUCAGUUGCAUAUAGGACAUGCAACAAUUCUUCUAAAAUCUUCUUAAUACAAAUGUAGAUUUUUAAAAAUACAUGUUAUGGCUCUUAUGCUGAUUAGAUCCAUAUUUUCUCCUUUUAUGAAACACAAACUGCUGAACAAGUUUGCUUACACGGUCAAAUUGAACGAGGAAGCAUCUGUUUUGUUUUUUUUAAUUCCAUAUAUUUAUGUCUAAUGAAAACAAAGAGUGACCACUUUGGUACAUCGCUUGCUUCUGUUGAUGUGCAGGCUGCAGGUUUGGUAUCCAUGAUUUUCUUGCACCCUGUUUCAUACCUAUAAUCACUGGAAAUUAGUAGUUGAUAUAAAGAUUAAUGAAUUAUUGCAGAACUGCAAAGUUUGCACGGGGUCUAGUAACCCAUAGCAACCUGGUGUUUGUGUAAAUUCUACCUGCAGUGUUGGUGUGGAUAUCUAGACCUGGUGCAAACAUUGCCAUUUUUAUUUCUGAAAUAUUGUGUAAUACAGUAGGAGGAAUGUAAGGCACAGGAUAUUCCCUUUGCUUUAGAUGAGCUCUGUAACAAUCGAUAUACAUUGCACUAAGAAUACUCCAGGAAGGGUAGUGGAAAUAACCAGGCAGCAUGCUGUCUGUGCUGCUCUAUAACAUAGCCAUAAGCUAGGAGUUUCUCUUCUUUCUAGGUGUUUGAUAUAAUGGUUGCACUGAUCAUUUUCAGUGGGACUAGCUCGGGUGAAAUUCUGGGAAUAGGAUCUUUUGAGUGACAUGCAGCUGAAUAAAUAUUCUAUAGUCAUAUUCAAGCAUGCCUUUGUCAUAGUGGUAAUGGGAGUAUGGGUUUGUUUCCUGCUUGUGUCUAGAAUCAAUAAUGUUAAAUGAUUACAUUUCAGAUAGGCCUAAUGCUGUUACGAGCAUCAUAUUGCAAGGAUGGAUUGAAUGGAUUUUGUCCUUUUUUAUAAGCAGUAUUGAUUCUAUUUUAUUUUAACUCAAGGAGACCUUAAGGAAUGAAGGUAUAGCUUGUAUUUCUUUGUUCUUGGUACAUUCUACAUGUGCAAGGGGAGCUGUCAUGUUAUUUUCUAUAGCCAAGCUACUAUUUAUCCCUUAGUCCCUUCACAUAAAUAGUAAAUGUGGCGCUCACUAGCCUAAUGAAUUCUCAGCAUAUCCCAGAAAUAUAUAUAGGUUCAUUUGAUCAAAAUGACUCAAUAUCAACUUUUUUUUGUGUGUCAAAGAGUGUUGAUCUUCAGCCAUUUUUAUUUUAACCCCCAGAAAUCCAGCUUUGAAAAUGUGUGAUAUCAAGAUUAUUAAAGGCUAGGCCAUUGUUUGUUUGUGUGUGUGUGUGUGUGUGUGUGUACAACGUCUUGCUGAGUUGAUUGGCCAACACAGAAAUCAGGUGACUUAGGACUUGGUUCAGUAUAUGUAUAAGGGUAUGUUAACCUACAUUAGCUUGGACCCAUCUCUGGUUGUUAUGAUUGGAUGAGUAUGCCAAGAGGUGGCCUGUGUGUGACUAGGCAUGGAUUUGUAGCUUGCUCAUGUGUGGAACCCCCUUAACAACCACAGCAAAGGUAUCACUUGCAUAGACAAUUGAACCUGAUAUGAACAGGGUAUUUUCCAUUUAUCUAAACUGGGAAGAAUAUGGAUCACAUGUAGAGUAGAUGGAUUGGAGCCAGUGCAGUGCUGUGAAUGUUUCCUAUUAUAUGUAUAAUAUUAGACAUAAGACACUUGGGAAGCUUUAUUUUCCAGUUCAUAGACUGCUUGCACCUAGGACUCUUGCAGUACCGGAAUGAUUGUAGCACUCAUACUCGAAUAUCUGUAUUUAGACUGAGGCACUUGUAUAAAUAUAAGAUUUCUUUUUUUUUUUUUGCCGAUUUAUUAUUUAUUGACUGGUUAUUUCCAGAAAAGCCCAAGGCUAGUCUCGGCUGCCAUGCUCACUGGAUCCUCUCCUCCUGACUCCUCUACAGGAGAUAUUUGCACCUUUCCUAGCUCAUUGUACUGCUAAAUAAUUUGACUUCUUCGUUUUUAGGUUGACAGAUAACAAGCAAUGCCAAAUUUAGGUGAAGUUUUCAAGCUUUUUCUGACUUCAAUAUUUCUUGAAGGUUUACAAUAAAGCUGUUUUCUGUUAAUAAAUAAAAAUCUGUCUCAAAAA